UCAUCAAUUUUUAUCAUAUCCUUCAUUCGCCUACCUUUGCCGUGCUCGAGCUUUCUCGAAACAGCCCAAAGCGGAUCCCUGCACGAGCCGCCGAUGACGCUGAUGCUGUGACCGGCUUUGUGGACCAGCCACCUUUCCCCAUAACUUGCAGGCGAGCCAAUCACGACAGCAGAUCGCCCAUUGCUCGCAGUUCUCCGAUCCACAGCUUGACCUCACAUCGCGCACGGUUUCCUGACCUUCCACUCUUACACCAACCUUUUCACCCACAGCGCACUCUCCUCCACCGCACGCGCAUCGUUCCCAUCGCUACGCGCCCCAGCUCCAGCUUUACGCGACUUAAUUGAGCUUAAAGUCACUUCGCGACCCUUAAGUCCGGUUUGCGGAGAUUGAACGUCAUUCCACCACUCCCGGCUCAUCAAGCAACUACAAGCGCAAUGGCUGACACCCAAAUUCAAGAGGGUGACAAAGUCUCCUGGCAAUGGGGCUCAGGACAACCCGGUGGUGAGGUUGCCGAGGUCAAAACACAGGGCGAAAUCGCCAUCGAGUCCAAGAAAGGCAAUACCAUCAAGAAGAACGCCGACCCCGAAAACCCCGCGGUACACAUCGAGCGACCUGGCAACGAUGUCGUCAAGCGCGCUUCUGAGCUUGAAGUCGAGGAGAAGGCCAAUGGCAACUCCGAGCAGACCAACGGCGAUUCCAAGUCCGAGGGGAAGCAACCAGAGCCUGGAAAGGCCGACAAAGAAUCCGAGUCCGACAACAAGGCGGAUGAGGAGGCGGCUGAGCCAGAAAAGAAAGACGUGGAGAUGAAGGACGCUCCUGCAGAUGAUGGCGGGGCAAAUAAGCAGGCCGAUCAGGAAGACUCCGAGAAGCAGAACGGUGCCGCUGAAGAUGCCGAGGCCUCCAAGGGUGACGCAGACAAGGAAGAGCCCAAGGAGGAGGCUCAGGAAGAGAAGUCUGCCUCCAAGAAUGAGAAGGCCGAAGAAGAUCUGCAGACUGGCGACAAACGUAAAGCUGAAGAAUCAGCUGCCGAGACAAACGGUGCCGAGGGCGACGAAGAGCAUGCAUCGAAGAAGGCCAAGGCCGACGAGGAGAAGACCGAGGACAAGAAGAAGCCAGGUCGUCCCAAGGGAGACGCCAAGAAAGAGAAGAAGGAGCCUGCGAAGAAGAAGGAGCCAAAGAAGGCCGCUACUGCUGAUGGCCAGCCCAGGCGUUCAGGUAGGAACAGGUCUUGAGUUCUGGCCCUGGCCUUGGCCUGGUGACGACGUGAGACGCAGGAAGCUCCGACACUUAUGUCAAGUCUUCAGUUUCGUCCAAUGAACUAUGCUUAAUCACAUUUCCUUUUUGGGUUUCCAGGUCUCGCGUGGGGAGGUAGUGGUGAAAACUCUGAGGGCAUAUUUGGCGGAAAAGGCGGCGCAUGGAUGCUAUUACUAUGAGCUUCGUCGAUUUAGUCUUUCGUUCGCAAGGACCUCUUCGGAGGUCCGUCUCUGAAUUGUAAACUAGCUGUCUGCAUUUCCUUGAGCUCGUCUCAAAAGCUUUCACGUUACAAGUCGCCAACAGAAAAAGUAAAAACUGUAUUA